GCUCGCCUCAUCAGCUGUUGAGCUAGCAAGCAGUGCAGCGGCAUCCUGCAGCUCGAAAGAUGUGGUUUUUAUUAUUCAUCGCCGUCGUCGGCUUGGCGACGCUGCUGGUGGUUUUAUUUGCGCCUCACAUACGAAGAUAUGCAGCAGGAGGAACGUGUAAGUCGCUGGCUCGCCUGGACGGGAAGACGGUCCUCAUCACCGGGGCCAACACCGGCAUCGGCAAGGAGACGGCUCUGGACCUGGCAACCCGAGGAGCGCAGGUGAUCAUGGCGUGUCGGGACGUGGACAAAGGCGAGGAGGCGGCCGCCAGCAUCAGGUUCUCGUAUCCCAAAGCACGCGUGGAGGUGCGGGGGCUGGACCUGGCCGACACGUGCUCCAUACGGUCCUUUGCGCAGCAAUUCCUGACAGACUUCACGCAGCUUCACGUCCUGGUCAACAAUGCAGGAGUCAUGAUGUGUCCCUACACCAAAACCAACGACGGCUUCGAGAUGCACAUUGGCGUCAACCACUUGGGUCACUUCCUGUUGACCUCCCUCCUCAUUGGCCUGUUAAAGCGCAGCGCUCCGUCCAGGAUCGUGGUGGUGUCGUCCCUGGCGCACAACUUUGGCUGGAUCCGCCUCCACGACCUCCACAGCCAGGGCAGCUACAACAGCGGACUGGCGUACUGCCAGAGCAAGCUCGCCAACGUGCUGUUUGCCCGGGAGCUGGCUCGUCGCCUUAAAGGGUGCAACGUGACCGUCAACUCGGUCCACCCCGGCACGGUGAACUCUGACCUGACCAGGCACUCCACCCUGAUGAUGAUCCUCUUCGGCUUCUUCUCCAUCUUUCUGAAGACGCCUCGCGAGGGCGCCCAGACCAGCGUCUACUGCGCCGUGGCCGAGGAGCUGCAUUCCAUCUCUGGAAAACACUUCAGCGACUGCACCCCGGCCUUCGUGGCCCCCCAGGGGCGGAGCGAGGAGACCGCCAGGAGACUGUGGGACGCCAGCUGCGAGCUCCUCGGCAUCCAGUGGGACUGAUGCGACGCCACGGCGGGACUAAGCUCCGCCCACCAUCGUUCUCUUAGACGGUUUAACCGCGCUUUCGUUGCUCGUGUUCACAGUAUCAUCUCCUCUGACCUCUGAUCAGCAGAAGAAGAAAAAAAAAUUACACAGUCAGCAUAAAAAUCCAACUCUCUUGUCUCGGGGAGCCAGAACCAGCAGCGUCACGCUCACACAAUGUGAAUUUACUGACAGUAUUUUGGUGCCAAGCAGAAGCAAAAAAAGAAUAUAUAUAUGAACAUGUGAUAUAUUUUAGUGAGAUAAGGAGGUUGAAGGAUUGUUGACAUGCAGCGGUCCAAACAGGGUAAACAAGAAUCGUGUUUAUCAUCUUUGCAUCCAAAACUGCUCCACGUUUGUGCCAUGAUGCUUACAUCUCACAGGGCUUUUCUUACAGGUUUUCAAAACGAGAGCCAGCUAAGCUGCUAAAAGUUGAUACGUGUUAUUUUGUAAUGAAAAGCAAUAUAUAUAUAUACAUACAUACAUACCGUAUUUUUCGGAGUAUAAGUCGCACCGGCCGAAAAUGCAUAAUAAAGAAGGAAAAAAACAUAUAUAAGUCGCACUGGAGUAUAAGUCGCAUUUUUGGGGGAAAUGUAUUUGAUAAAAGCCAACACCAAGAAUAGACAUUUGAAAGGCAAUUUCAAAUAAAUAAAGAAUAGUGAACAACAGGCUGAAUAAGUGUACGUUAUAUGAGGCAUAAAUAACCAACUGAGAACGUGCCUGGUAUGUUAACGUAACAUAUUAUGGUAAGAGUCAUUCAAAUAACUAUAACAUAUAGAACAUGCUAUACGUUUACCAAACAAUCUGUCACUCCUAAUCGCUAAAUCCCAUGAAAUCUUAUACGUCUAGUCUCUUACGUGAAUGAGCUAAAUAAUAUUGUUUGAUAUUUUACUGUAAUGUGUUAAUAAUUUCACACAUACACUACCGUUCAAAAGUUUGGGGUCACCCAAACAAUUUUGUGGAAUAGCCUUCAUUUCUAAGAACAAGAAUAGACUGUCGAGUUUCAGAUGAAAGUUCUCUUUUUCUGGCCAUUUUGAGCGUUUAAUUGACCCCACAAAUGUGAUGCUCCAGAAACUCAAUCUGCUCAAAGGAAGGUCAGUUUUGUAGCUUCUGUAACGAGCUAAACUGUUUUCAGAUGUGUGAACAUGAUUGCACAAGGGUUUUCUAAUCAUCAAUUAGCCUUCUGAGCCAAUGAGCAAACACAUUGUACCAUUAGAACACUGGAGUGAUAGUUACUGGAAAUGGGCCUCUAUACACCUAUGUAGAUAUUGCACCAAAAAGCAGACAUUUGCAGCUAGAAUAGUCAUUUACCACAUUAGCAAUGUAUAGAGUGUAUUUCUUUAAAGUUAAGACUAGUUUAAAGUUAUCUUCAUUGAAAAGUACAGUGCUUUACCUUCAAAAAGAAGGACAUUUCAAUGUGACCCCAAACUUUUGAACGGUAGUGUAAGUCGCUCCUGAGUAUAAGUCGCAUCCACGGCCAAACUAUGAAAAAAACUGCGACUUAAUAGUCUGAAAAAUACGGUAUAUAUAUAUAGAACCAUGAUUUUUCUAUAUCGCAACUUUAGAGCAAUGUUUCCUGUUCGUGCAACACAUGCCAAGAGUUUACAUUUGCUUUUGUACAAGUGGGACUUGCCUUUUUACAAACACGUGACGUUAAUGUGCAGAGUUGAAUGUUUACAUUUCAUGGAAAUAAACAAAUAAUC